UGAUUACUUGCGGACGGGGUGGGUGCAGGUUCGGCGUGCGUGUCAGAUUUUUUAAAUGAGAUAGGCACCCAAAAUCUGUGAGAAACAUGUUUGAUUCAUGGGACUUUUCUUCGCGUUAAAUCUGUAUAUGGCAGAAAAUCUAAUAUAGCAACAAAUACUUGAGUCCAAAGUGCAACUGUGUUACCGAAGGACUGAACAUUGCUUUAACGUUACUGGUUAACAAGCUAACUCAUGCUUGUCAGUUGUGUUUUCCGAUUUCAUAGGUGUUCAAUUUGCCAUUUUAGUCGAAUAUCCUUCACAGGUCAGAACAGGUAAGAAAUGGAAACGACUGCUGUUUUUGUUGGGGGGGAAACAGGUCCAUGAAGUUCAAGUUUAUGGUCACGUUAGAAGGCUGAGAAUGACACGCCAAGCCUUGUACAUAGCCUACUACUGUAAGAUGAGUAUAAUUUGAUUGUAAAACACAUCCAGUUUGGCAAGUCAGCAGAAAAGAGUGUGACUGCAAACCCCUGCUGCAGUUUUGGAACGGCAUUUUGAGCCCAGUGACAUUAAUUGAACGCAUGCGCUGUGAAGAUUUUGUGUGAACCUGCGAACUCGCGCGGUAGUGCCUUUGAAUGUUGUCAUCAUGCUCGCUAGUCAUGUUACCAUACAGAAAGGGAAAACAUUGCCAAAAUAUGAUCAGUGUCGUACAUGCUGCGACCAGUUUCAUUGUCCAUUCUGUACGGCAGAAUAUUUCAAGCCUACAAGAGCCAGUAGUGUGAACCGUCACCUCACAUUACAUUUCAACCGGGCAGUUCAACAUGAGGGAUACACUAUCCACCGAUGUGGUUUGGGGUGCAGGCCACAACUUCAUUACCAUUGCAUAUACUGCCAGUCAAUGCUGCUGCGCAAAGAAGACUUUGAUAAACAUUUAGUUUGGUGCAAGGCUAAACAAUCAAUCAAAACACCACUGUCUGAUGCGUGUCCAGACAGUGCAGAGACGAGUACUCCCCCGACAGAACCAGGUUCUGCAAUUGCAAAACCGUGUCCAGUAAGCACAGAACGAUGUCCAACGAGCGCAGAACCAUGUCCAACAAGGGCAGAGCCAUGUCCAGCAAACACAGAUCCAUGUCCAGCAAGCAUAGAGCUGUCUCCACCCCUAUCAGAACCUCAUUCUCUCAGUGCAGAGUCAUCUGAACCAGGAGUUCUUGCCAGGCCAAAAGGAGGGCGCGUGAGACCUGUUGUCCGGACAAGGUGUCCAAUGUGCAAUGUUCUCAUGAACAAGCGUAACAUUGGAAAGCACAUCAUCCGUAAACAUGCAAACCUGGAGCUUUUUGAUGUAAAUGCCACGUACCAGUGUAUUGAUGAGAAUAACGGUAUCUUUGCUGUCCAAAAGACUUUCCAUGAUCACCGUGUCAAGAAGAAACUAAGGGGUGAAAAUUGUUACCAAUCGUCUCAGUCACAGGACAGCCAGUUAAACACGGAUAUAGCAUUGAGGACUUCCAUGAGAUCAUAUAGAUGUGUACAACUCAGGAUGUCCUCAUCACACCCUGUGGCCGCUCUGUGCCAGAUGACCGCGACUCCUGACAAAGAGGCAAACUUUGCGACCGGUGCGCGGCUGGUGGAAGAAGCACAGGCGGCCGGCGCCAGCAUGGUAUUCCUUCCGGAGGGUUUCGAUUACAUUGGUUCCAACCUCAAGCAGACCCUGCAGCUGUCCGAGACCCUCUCAGGCGAGACCAUCACUCGCUACUCAGAGCUGGCCAGGAAGUUGGGGGUUUGGCUCUCCCUGGGCGGCUUCCAUGAGCGAGGGGAGAACUGGGAGACGAAGAAGCGCAUAUAUAACAGCCACAUCAUCCUCAAUGAUCAAGGGGACAUUGUCAGCGUGUACAGGAAGGGUCACCUCUUUGAUGUGGAGUUGGCCGAAAAGGGCGUGUCCUUGAAGGAGAGCUCCUUCACCAACCCUGGCACCACCCUUGUUCCUCCUGUGCAGACUCCUAUUGGCAAGGUGGGACUCGCUGUCUGCUAUGACCUGCGCUUCCCUGAGCAUUCAUUGGCCCUACUGAAGCAUGGGGCAGAGAUUCUGACCUAUCCCUCAGCCUUCACCGUGGCAACAGGCACCGCCCACUGGGAGGUGCUGUUGCGUGCGCGAGCAGUAGAGACCCAGUGCUACGUGCUGGCCGCGGCACAGGUUGGCCCCCACCACCCAAAACGCUCCUCCUACGGGCACGCGCUGGCCGUGGACCCCUGGGGGACGGUGCUGUCGGACCUGGGGCCCGCAGACUCGGGCCUGGCGCUGGUGGAGGUGGACUUGCAGAAGCUGAGGGACACGCGGAGGGAUAUGCCGGUCCAGCAGCACCGUAGGGAGGCCGAGUACUACAGAAGCCUGGACACUGAUUGAGAGAGUGCUGCUAUCAAAGCCUCAACAUCUGAUUCGAUACUUGUUGGUUGGACAAGCAGUAUCUCAUCAGCGCAAGUGUGUGUGUGUGUGUGUGUGUGUGUGUGUGUGUGUCUGCCUGCACUGGGCUGGACCAAGAGUCCUCUACUUUCUCUCAUACUGCUAGGGUAAUUGCCCAUCAGCUUUCCACAGACAUUGAUUUUUCAAUAUAUGUUAUUAUUCCCAAAUAACUCAACACCCACAAUCUGUGUUUAUGUAGAACUGCUGAUAUCCAUGUCAGAAAAAAAAAGGCACAAUGAUUUUGCCUCCCUAGCAAAUUGUGAAAAUACAAUGCUUGUAAAUAAACCAAUAUGCUAUCCA